AUGUUGGUUACAGUUGCAACGAUAUACAAAAAUCAACUACAAGAGUACACACAAAAAGUUGGGAAAAGACUCCCAAUUUACCAAUCUUUUAAUGAAGGUUCUGAAAACUUCCCGAGGCAUAGAGCUAAAGUGUUGGUGGAUGGUGUUGAAUACACAUCCAAGUUGACACAUUCAACAAAAAAACAAGCUGAGCAGGAAGUUGCAAAAAUUGCUUAUGAAUCCAUUUUUCAUGAAGAAACUGAAGUAGUAUCUUUUCCGUUUCUUUACAAGGACCCCACCUUGUGCAAAUCCAUUCUAAACGAAUUUGCCAUCAAGAAGAAAAUGAAGCCUACAUAUAAUAUGGGAUCUCAGGCAAAAGGGAAAAGUCCAGCUUUCAUUUGCCACCUUACUUUUGGUGGUAAAACUUAUAUAGGUGAAGAAGCUGGAAAUAAGAAAUUGGCAGAGCAUUUAGCUGCUCGAACCGCCAUCGAAUCACUAUUGGAAACAAAUGCAGAUACUCUUUCACCAAUAAUCAUGUCCAAAGUUAAUUCUGAUGAUUAUUUGCCUAAAUGCUCAGGCAAUUUACAAGGUGAAAGUUCAAGUCGACAUAAGCGUAACGCCAACAUAAACAAUGAAGGAAGGAACAAAAAGAGAAGAUUUGGCAACUGA